UGUUUUCAGAGUAAUGACGCACGAUGUACUGUGUGGUUGCACACUAGAUUUGACCCGAAUGUUUCUCUCUGAUCAAAUAAGCAUCGCGCGGAAAUGGACUCCUUGGACUUGAUCGGGAACGGAGUUUAUUCCCAAAUUUCAAUAACAAAGACUUUUCUCUUUCACUGCUUUAAUCGCCUCCGUUACAUACACAUAUAGAGUCUAGACACACACAUUGAUGGACAUUGGAGAGAGUUCAACUGCAAUGGCCAGCUGUGCCUUGGAAGGAGGCUGUCCCACCGAUUAUCUUGCCAUCUCCUUAUCCCUCCUCUCCAUCAUCUUGCUUCUCACAUGGUCAACUUUACCGUUGCUAAUUCACAAGGUCCCUUGUCCUAGAGGCAGUAGCUUUUGGCUCCCAGCAAUUCAAGUUUUUGCCAGCUUCAACCUUCUGCUAUCAAUUGUGAUGUCCCUCAAUUUCCUGAAAUUUCGAAGGAGGCAUUGGUGGCAAUCUUGCUAUGUUUGGGCUGUCUGGGUUGAAGGUCCACUGGGAUUUGGUUUGCUGUUGAGCGGUCGCAUUGUACAGGCUUUCAAACUAUAUUACAUAUUUGUCAAGAGACGAUUACCACCUAUCAGAUCAUAUAUUUUUCUUCCAUUGAUUCUCGUUCCUUGGAUUGCUGGUUCUGCAUUAAUUCAGUUGAAGAAACCUCUAAAUCAUCGGUGCCACAUGGGGACUCGGUGGAUCAUCCCAUUUGUUUGCCUCCAUGCAGUGUAUGUUGCCGCUUUGGUUGGUUUUACAGGAGCCAUUCAUCAUAUAGAGUUCAGGUUUCAUGAACUCAAAGACCUCUGGCGUGGAAUACUUGUUUCCUCUUCUUCCAUUGGAAUAUGGAUUACUGCUUACAUUUUAAAUGAAGUACACGAAGAUAUUGCAUGGCUUCAAGUUGUCUCCAGAUUUCUGCUGUUAGUGAUGACAAGUGUACUUGUACUGGCUUUCUUCUCUAUAUCAAGUUCCCAACCUCUGCUCUCUCAAAUGAGUUUGAAGAAAAAGGAACCUCGGGAAUUUGAGACAAUGGGCCAGGCUCUGGGCAUACCUAAUAGUGGGCCACUGUUACAAAUGGAACCAAAUCCGGUUAUAGAUCCUAAUGAACCUCUCGAUAGGCUUCUUCUAAACAAAAGGUUUCGUCAAUCCUUCAUGGCAUUUGCAGACAGUUGUCUGGCUGGGGAGAGUGUGCAUUUUUAUGAUGAAGUGUAUGAACUUGAUAAGAUACCUGUUGAUGAUUCUGUAAGAAGAAUUUAUAUGGCACGUCACGUUAUUGAGAAGUACAUAAUUGCAGGUGCAACAAUGGAGGUGAAUAUAUCUCACAGAAGCCGACAAGAAAUUUUGACCACUCUUGAUCUGGCACACCCUGAUCUCUUUAAGAAUGCACUGUAUGAGCUAGUGCAGUUGAUGAAAAUGAAUUUGGCAAAAGAUUACUGGUCAUCCAUGUUCUUCCUGAAGUUAAAAGAAGAAAUUAGUAUGAGUACAGUUGGUCACGAGCUGGAACAGGUGACUGGUUGUAACUUCUCGCCUAGGUUGAGUGCUGUUCAUGGUGUCGAUGAUCCUUUUCACCAAGAACAUCCUUCGAAUGACUCUGGCUGCAAUAGUCAUGAUUCAGACCUGCAAUGAAAUGAGAACUGUCAACAUUUCUGCUGAUUCUAUAGAUUUUUGUUCACGCUGUUGCAAUUUAGCGGCUAUAAAGAGGUUCCUCCACAAGAUGGCAUGGAAAUCAAUUUCUUAACAAGGAUAGGAGAAGAGAUGGAAAUUAAUGGUACCUGCAGAUAUGGAGAAUUUUGUGUUUAACAUCUGUAUAGAUUGAUCAUAUAGCUUACUGUAGCUGGUCCAAACUCACAGUUUUAAGUGCCUUGAUCACGAAAUUGGGAUAGUGUGCUGGUUUCUGUUCCAACAUCUAAUUUGGACCUUGUCAGUAGUAGCAGCUGCUGUCUCUUGCAAAUCAAAGUGUAGUGCCCAUCCUUGAGACCAUUGCAGCACCCUCCUUUUUUCAUUUUAUUUUUUAUUGAGGCUGGUGUAGCAUGAAUAUUCAAAGAUUAAUACAUCAUGGAUGGGCGUGCAUUGGCCAAACAUAGGGAAAGUUUUGGUUGGAUCUUUUGGAUUGAGGCCAGGAUGAGAGGAAACAAUUGAUUCACAGUUCUGUUACUCUUCUAGCAGCAAUCUCUAUCGACGUGCUGAAGUAGAAGGAUUUUCGGUGGCAGCCUCUCUUUUGAUUGAGUGAUCGAGAAAAAAUCCCACGGUCACUUUCUCUGACUCCCCUGCCUGGUGUUUUCCUCCUCCUUUUACACUAGCAUUGGUUGUUUGGGACACAUGAGAAUGUAAUGUUGUAUCAAUAUUGAUAAAGGCUAACGAUUGGCGAUUGCUAUAAUAUUUCACAGUUGUGCUCAGUAUUGAGGUAUCAUAAUGUCUUUGUUUCUUCACUA